AUGUAUUUUAUCCAAAUUGUGAGGAGCAAAAUUUCUGGAGUUUCUGCAAGUGGUUCAUGCUUGCAAGAAGUAGCAAAGGAGGCAGAAGAGUUGCUGAAGCUUAUCAACCUUCCGUUGAUUGGUUGGUCAGAAGCUGCAGCUUCUUCCAAUUCGCACCCUCACAACAUUGAGGAGGAUGAGGAUAUAAUAAUGGUUGGUCGCGACACUGAGUUUUCAUGGACAAUGGAUGAUCUCCUUGAUACGUCUUCUCUAAAACGAAGUGUAUUCACAAUUGUUGGAGUCCCAGGCAUUGGAAAGACUGCUUUUUGUAAAAAAGUGUAUACAGACAUUGCGGUUGUAUCACAUUUCGACAUUCGAGCUUGGGUUACUAUUGGGCAAAGAUACAAUGGGAAUGUGCAACAGCUACUGUGCAACCUUCUUCAAUCAAUGAGGCCACCCCCCCUCCCCCUCAAUGACAUGAUGCUGCAGGGAAGCACUGUUUCUCAACUAAAAGAUCAACUGCACAAUCACUUGAAGAAAUGCAAAAGAUAUUUCAUUGUUUUGGAUGAUGUCCCUAACACUCUGCUUUGGGAUGAUAUCCAACAAUGUUUUCCCGUUGACUCAAAUGGAAGUCGGAUAUUGCUAACUACUCUUUUCAAGAAUGUGGCUAUCAAAAAUGGGAAUACCGUCCAGUACCUGCCUUACCUAGAUGACAGUGAGAGUUGGGUUCUAUUUUCCCACAGAUUUUCUCUUAAACAGCAUAUGACACCUAAAUUUGAAGAAAUUGCAAAGAAUCUUGUUGAAGAAUGCAAAGGAUUGCCGCGCUCAAUUGUUACAGUUGCAGACCGUCUAUCUAAAUGCAACUUCACAUUGAAGGAAUGGAAGAAGAUCGAGAAAGAGUUAUUGUCAUUGGGAAUUCUGCAUAGAGAUACACAGCACUCAAGUAAGCUUACCAACAUUUACAAUCGUUUGCCACAACAUUUAAAAGUUUGUUUUUUCUAUUUUGUGGUAUUUCCAAAACAUAGUGAAAUCAAUGCGAAAAGGCUUAUUAAGUUAUGGGUUGCUGAGGGAUUUGUGAAGCCAAUGAAGAAUAUGCCAUUAGAAGAUAUAGGUUACAUGUAUUUAAUGGCUCUUACAAAGAAACACAAAAAGAAGGUCUUUUAUGUGCAGCAAAUACUCAACAAUGUAUUGGAUGGUCAUCAGACAUACUCGCAAAUUCAUGUCGGUGGUUAA